UAUAGUGUAUAAGAGGACAGGCUGGGCCUAAUAUAGUGUAUAAGAGGACAGGCUGGGCCUAAUAUAGUGUAUAAGAGGUCAGGCUGAGCCUAACAUAGUGUAUAAGAGGACAGGCUGGGCCUAAUAUAGUGUAUGCUAUUGAUGUAAAUAAUAUUUGAUGGUCUGUGGUGUGUAAUGAGGAGCAACCAGACGCUGCUGGUCUGUGGUGUGUAAUGAGGAGCAACCAGACGCUGCUGGUCUGUGGUGUGUAAUGAGGAGCAACCAGACGCUGCUGGUCUGUGGUGUGUAAUGAGGAGCAACCAGACGCUGCUGGUCUGUGGUGUGUAAUGAGGAGCAACCAGAUGCUGCUGGUCUGUAAUGAGGAGCAACCAGAUGCUGCUGGUCUGUGGUGUGUAAUGAGGAGCAACCAGAUGCUGCUGGUCUGUGGUGUGUAAUGAGGAGCAACCAGAUGCUGCUGGUCUGUGGUGUGUAAUGAGGAGCAACCAGACGCUGCUGGUCUGUGGUGUGUAAUGAGGAGCAACCAGAUGCUGCUGGUCUGUGGUGUGUAAUGAGGAGCAACCAGACGCUGCUGGUCUGUGGUGUGUAAUGAGGAGCAACCAGAUGCUGCUGGUCUGUGGUGUGUAAUGAGGAGCAACCAGAUGCUGCUGGUCUGUGGUGUGUAAUGAGGAGCAACCAGACGCUGCUGGUCUGUGGUGUGUAAUGAGGAGCAACCAGAUGCUGCUGGUCUGUGGUGUGUAAUGAGGAGCAACCAGAUGCUGCACUUGACACAUUUAUGAAACUACGUAUUCCAGUUACUAAUAAGCACCCAUUCAGAAAAUGACUGUAAAAACUGUUAAAUCCCCAUGGAUUGAUGAGGAAUUGAAAAAUUGUUUGGUUGAGAGGGAUGAGGCAAAAUGUAUGGCAAUUAAGUCUGGCAAUCAGCCUGUUACCAACACUUAGUAAACUUCUGGAAGAAAUUGUGUUUGACCAGAUACAAUGCUAUUUCACAGUAAACAGCAUGCUUAUAGAGAAGGACACUCAACAAGCACAGCAUUUUCACAAAUGACUGAUGAUUAGCUGAGAGAAAUUGAUGAUGAAAUGAUUGUGGGGGCUGUCUUGUUAGACUUCAUUGCAGCUUUUGACAUUAUCGAAAACGUAUGUGUUAUGGUUUUACAUCCCCUGCUAUAAUGUGGAUAAAGAGUUACCUGUCUAACAGAACACAGAGGGUGUUCUUUAAUGGCCUCUACAACAUAAUCCUGGUAGAAUCAGGAAUUCCCCAGGGUAGCUGUCUAGGCCCCUUACUUUUUCAAUCUUUACUAAUGACAUGCUUCUGGCUUUGAGUAAAGCCAGUGUGUCUAUGUAUGCGGAUGACUCAACACUAUACACGUCAGCUACUACAGCAACUGAAAUGACUGCCACACUUAACAAAGAGCUGCAGUUAGUUUCAGAAUGGGUGGCAAGGAAUAAGUCAGGCCUAAAUAUUUCUAAAACUAAAAGUAUUGUAUUUGGAACAAAACACUCACUAAACCCUAAACCUCAACUAAAUCUUGUAAUAAAUGAUGUGGAAAUUGAGAUGACUAAACUGCUUGGAGUAACACUAGAUUGUAAACUGUCAUGGUCAAAACAUAUAGGUGCAGUAGUAGCUAAGAUGGAGAGAAGUCUGUCUAUAAUCAAGCGCUGCUCUGCCUUCAUAACAACACUAUCAACAAGGCAGGUGCUACAGGCCCUAGUUUCUACCUUCUUAACAACACUAUCAACAAGGCAGGUGCUACAGGCCCUAGUUUCUACCUUCUUAACAGCACUAUCAACAAGGCAGGUGCUACAGGCCCUAGUUUCUACCUUCUUAACAGCACUAUCAACAAGGCAGGUCCUACAGGCCCUAGUUUCUACCUUCUUAACAGCACUAUCAACAAGGCAGGUCCUACAGGCCCUAGUUUCUACCUUCUUAACAACACUAUCAACAAGGCAGGUCCUACAGGCCCUAGUUUCUACCUUCUUAACAACACUAUCAACAAGGCAGGUCCUACAGGCCCUAGUUUCUACCUUCUUAACAACACUAUCAACAAGGCAGGUCCUACAGGCCCUGGUUUUGUCGCACCUUGACUACUGUUCAGUCGUGUGGUCAGGUGCCACAAAGAGGGACUUAGGAAAAUUGCAAUUGGCUCAGAACAGGGCAGCACAGCUGGCCCUUGGAUGUACACAGAGAGCUAAUAUUAAUAAUAUGCAUGUCAAUCUCUCCUGGCUGAAAGUGGAGGAGAGAUUGACUUCAUCACUAUUUUAAUUUAUGAAAGCUAUUGACAUGUUAAAUGCACCGAGCUGUCUGUCUAAACUACUGGCACACAGCUCAUACACCCAUGUAUACCCCACAAGACAUGACACCAUAGGUCUCUUCACAGUCCCCAAGUCCAGAACAGACUAUGGGAGGCGCACAGUACUACAUAGAGCCAUGACUACAUGGAACUCUAUUCCACAGUACUACAUAGAGCCAUGACUACAUGGAACUCUAUUCCACAGUACUACAUAGAGCCAUGACUACAUGAGCUCUAUUCCACAGUACUACAUAGAGCCAUGACUACAUGAACUCUAUUCCACAGUACUACAUAGAGCCAUGACUACAUGGAACUCUAUUCCACAGUACUACAUAGAGCCAUGACUACAUGGAACUCUAUUCCACAGUACUACAUAGAGCCAUGUCUACAUGGAACUCUAUUCUACAGUACGACAUAGAGCCAUGACUACAUGGAACUCUAUUCUACAGUACUACACAGAGCCAUGACUACAUGGAACUCUAUUCCACAGUACUACAUAGAGCCAUGACUACAUGGAACUCUAUUCCACAGUACGACAUAGAGCCUUGACUACAUGGAACUCUAUUCCACAGUACUACAUAGAGCCAUGACUACAUGGAACUCUAUUCCACAGUACGACAUAGAGCCAUGACUACAUGGUACUCUAUUCCACAGUACGACAUACAGCCAUGACCACAUGGAACUCUAUUCCACAGUACUACACAGAGCCAUGACUACAUGGAACUCUAUUCCACAGUACGACAUAGAGACAUGACUACAUGGAACUCUAUUCCACAGUACUACAUAGAGACAUGACUACAUGGAACUCUAUUCCACAGUACUACAUAGAGACAUGACUACAUGGAACUCUAUUCCACAGUACUACAUAGAGCCAUGACCACAUGGAACUCUAUUCCACAGUACUACAUAGAGA